AUGGCCGAAAUCACAAUGGCGGAGCAGAAGCAACGCCACAACGAAGCAGCACUAUCGGCCGACACCAGUACCAGUACGAUCACUGCAAGUGAAGAUGUGAAAUCGCCUCGCUCCCUCCACGGGUGGAAGUGGGCGACAGCGUACGGCUCUAUGUUAUCCACUACUUUUCUCUUCGCGCUAGAUAAUACCAUUGUAUGUAACCUUUCUACGGGCCUCGUUAAGAUCGUACUGACCUACUUCAAUGUGGCCGACAUCCAACCUGCCAUCCUCGAUCGAUUCGGGCACGUGGAGCUCCUCCCAUGGAUUGGCGUGGCCUUUGCGCUCGGCACCAUGACCAUUCUGCCUUGGACCAAGGCGUAUGGGAUCUUUAACAUCAAAUGGUUGUAUAUUUUCAAUAUCUUCCUCUUCGAGGUUGGCAGUGCCAUCUGCGGUGCAGCGCCUAGCAUGACGGUUCUGAUCAUUGCACGGGUCAUUGCCGGCAUUGGAGGUUGUGGCAUGCACGCCGGGUCCUUGAUGUACAUUGCUGUUCUCACGUCGAUGAAGGAGCGGCCGCUGUAUAUGUCUGGUAUCGCAGUGCUGUGGGGGUUGGGUAGCGUUCUUGGUCCGGUGGUUGGUGGUGCGUUUGCUACCAGCAGUGCAACAUGGCGAUGGGCCUUCUACAUCAACCUCGUCAUAGGGGCUGUCUUCUCGCCCGCGUAUUUUCUGCUCUUCCCCAGCUAUCCCACCCAGCCAGGCAAAUCAAUAGCGGAGAAGCUUCGCAUGAUGGACUGGAUCACCACCGUCGUCUUCCUCGCAGGGUCCAUGUGCUUCACCAUGGCGAUCAAUUUCGGCGGGACCACAUAUCAGUGGCAUUCCGGGCAGGAGAUUGCGCUGUGGACUCUUGCCGGCUUCUUCUUGAUACUCACAAUCGGGUUGACGAUCUACCAUCCUGGCGUUUCCAAGGAGCAUCGUCUAUAUCCCGCGCAUUUCUUCAGACGGCCGGUGCUGAUGAACCUGCAGUUACAGGUGUUUCUUGUUUCCGGGAUUAUGCUGACAAUGACAUAUUAUAUCCCACUCUUCUUCCAGUUCCUUAGGGGCGAUGGACCCCUUCAAGCAGGAGUCCGUCUUCUCCCCUUCAUCAUUCUGAUGGUAUUCUUCUCCCUUCUAAACGGGGCCCUGAUGCCACGAUUCGGCUACGUCACGCCCUGGUACGUCGUCGGGAGCAGUCUCAUUAUCGUCGGCUCCGCUUUGAUGUACACGGUCGAUACCCACACGCCCACCUCCCGAAUAUACGGGUACACGAUCCUCGUCGGCGCCGGAUCAGGCUGCUACCUCGUCGCCGGAUUCGCAAUCAUGCAGUCCCUCGUACCAGCACACGACAUCCCCAACGCCGUCGGCGCAAUGACUAUCUGCCAAGACCUUGGAAUGACCGUCUUCCUCGCCGUCUCAGGCACGCUCUAUCAGAACCUCUCUCUCCGCAAAAUAGCGCCCGUCCAGCCAAAUGCCUCGCCGGGGCAGAUCGCCGACCUCAUUGCCGGGGUGAACAGUCGCACGUACAAGGGCCUUUCCGAGAAGGAUAAGGAUCUGGUAAUCCCGCAGAUCACGGAGGCGAUGAGUAGCCUGUGGUUGCUUUUCUUGGUUGGUGGGGCGUUGAGUUUGGUAAUGGCGGUUUUCUUGGGGAGAACGAGGCUUUUAAUCCCGGGAUCAAAAGUAGGGUCUUGA